CUCCUUCCUCCGUCCAAAACCACCACCUCCGCUCUCGAACCAACAAUGGAAAUCUCUUCCUCCCCGUUCCUCACCCAGGAAGACUACUCUCACAUCUUCAGCUUCUUCCAGCAGCAAGACAUGGAUGCCUUCAACCUCCUCUCCAACCCCUCCAAGCGCCGCCGCUUCGACGACCCCGACGACCACGACUCUCAGGCCCCCGCCCCCGCCGCCGCCCCCCUCGACCUCUUCGCCUCCCUCUUCUCUUUCGACGGCGACGACACCCCCUCCGAAGACGAAGACCAGAAAUGGGUCCGCGUCGAGGAGCACCCGCGGCAGAUACCGGUUCCCGGUCCGAACAGCCAGCGGAUCGGUUUCGAAGCGGACGAGGCCAAGAACAAGAGCGGCAGCAACAAGCGGGCUCGGCGCCCGGCGGCCAAUGGCAAUAACAGUGGCUCCCCGGGUCCGGUCGAGCCGGUGUCCGGAUCGACCCGGAGGCUGUGGGUUAAGGACCGCAAAAAGGAAUGGUGGGACAACCUGAACCGCCCCGACGUCCCGGAUGAGGAGUUCCGGGCCGCCUUCCGGAUGAGCCGGGCCACCUUCGACAUGAUCUGCGACGAGCUCGACGCUGCCGUCACCAAGAAGAACACGACGCUCCGGGAGGCCGUCCCCGUCCGGCAGCGCGUGGCCGUCUGCAUCUGGCGGCUUGCGACGGGCGAGCCGCUCCGUCUCGUGUCCAAUCGGUUCGGGCUCGGCAUCUCCACCUGCCACAAGCUCGUCCUCGAGGUCUGCGCGGCCAUCAAGGACGUCCUCAUGCCCAAGUUCCUCCAGUGGCCCGACGAGCCCCAAUUGGGCCGCAUCAAGCGCCGAUUCGAGUCGCUCUCGGGCAUCCCGAAUGUGGCCGGGUCAAUGUACACGACCCACAUGCCGAUCAUUGCCCCGAAGAGCCAGGUCGCCGAGUACUACAACAAGCGGCACACGGAGCGUAACCAGAGGACGUCGUACUCGAUCACCGUGCAGGGCGUGGUCGACGAUCGCGGCGCCUUCACCGACAUCUGCAUCGGGUGGCCGGGGUCGUUGCAGGACGACCAGGUCCUCGAGAAGUCGGCCCUGUACCAGAGGGCGAGCCGAGGGCUCCUGCGCGACCUCUGGAUCGUGGGCAAUUCGGGUCACCCGUUGACGGACUGGGUCCUCGCGCCUUACACACAGAAGAACCAAACGUGGGCUCAACACGAGUUCAACGAGCGGGUCGGGGAGGUCCAGGGGGUGGCGAGGGAGGCCUUCGCGAGGCUGAAGGGGAGGUGGGCGUGCUUGCAGAAGAGGACGGAGGUGAAGCUACAGGACCUGCCGGUGGUGCUGGGCGCCUGCUGCAUACUUCACAACAUAUGCCAGAUGAGGGAGGAGGCGGUGACGGAGGCGGAGCGGUUCGAGCUGUAUGACGACGAGAUGGUGGCCGAGAAGGCGGUGAGGUCGGCAGCGGCUCAGCAGGCCAGGGACCACAUCGCCCACAAUCUGUUGCACCACGGCCCGGCCCGGCCAUGACUGCGUUUGCUAUAGCUGUAAAAACGUCACGAUACCUGUUGGAUACCAUAGAAUCUCUGCUCUUUCUUUCUUCAUUUUCGUUUUUCGAGGGCUCUGAUGUAUUUUUAGGUCCGGUCAAAUUCUUUUUUGACGCACUUAAGUUCGGGUUUAGGAAUUGUGCAAAUAACACAUCACGUUUUGAAACUAAAGUUACGAUUUU